AUGUCGUUACCAACCUUUCAAAGAGCAGUUGUCGUCGACGAGUUAGGCGGCCCGGAGGUCAUGCAAUAUCGUACCGACUAUAUUGUACCAACUCCGAAAGAGGGCGAAGUCCUGGUGAAGAAUCACAUUUCCGGAAUCAACUACAUCGACAUCUACUUCCGCGAGGGCCUCUACCCGUCCCCCAAGCCCGAGGUUCUCGGUCGAGAAGCAGCUGGUAUAAUUGUGGCCAUCGGACCCAACACAGAAACUCAUGGUCUCGAAAUUGGCGAUCGGGUCAUUUGGCUAGGAACUGCCGGCUAUUCUGAGUACACAGCAGUUGCUGUUGCUAAGACUAUGAAGCUACCGUCUGGAAUUUCCGAUGAGCAGGCUACUGCCUCUUUCCUCAGUGGACUCACAUGUCUGGCUCUCUCACAUGAGACGUACAAGGUCAAUCCAGGAGACUGGGCUUUGAUUCAUGCUGCGGCUGGCGGUGUAGGAUUCAUCAUGACUCAGAUUCUUAAGAGAAUCGGUGCGAAGGUCAUCGGUACCACUGGUGGUCCUGAAAAGGUUGCCCUGGUGAAGAGUCUAGGUGCGGACCAUGUUAUUGACUACCGGAGUCCUGAGGGUAAAUAUUGGCCUGAGAUUGUCAAUAGCAUCACAGAAGGUCAGGGAGUCGACGUGGUGUUUGACUCCGUCGGAAAGGACACAUGGGAGGGGAGUCUUGAGGCCGUGAAGAGGAAGGGCACCGUCAUCUGGUUUGGAAACGCAAGUGGUCCUGUUCCACCACUGCCACUGAACCGUCUCUCACCGAAAUGCGUAAAGAUUGCACGACCAACAUUACUUGGAUACAUCCAUACCCGAGAGGAGUUCGAAUCUUACGCCCAGAAACUAUUCGAUCUAAUUCUCCAAGAGAACCUCAAGAUCAAUAUCCACAAGGUGUACUCUCUGGAUAUGGUACAACAAGCCCACAAGGACCUCGAGGGGCGUAAAUCUAUGGGGAAAUUGCUACUUGAUGUGACUGAAGGUUUAGCACUGUGA